CAAGAUGGCGUCUGAUAGAUAGGUGUGUUAGCAGAGUGUCUUUGUUGUGUUUAUAAAGUGUGAACAUGUCUAAAGUCCAAAUGCUGAGAUCGUUGGUGAAGCAGCGACUAACUGCGGCUGCUGAAGAGAUAUUUGGGCUGUUUGAAAGAACGAUAGCAGAGUACGAGGAGGAACUUUGUCGAUCAAAAGAGGAGAACGAGCGACAACGGAAACUAAUGGACGCUGUUUUCAACCCUCAGCUUCGGUUACACAGAGCAGAUGUCCAGCAGCUGUUGGUGGUUAGAGAAGAGGUUCCCCCUGAGCAGCAGGAGUGGAGCUCCAGUGUGGACCAGGAGGACCCAGAGCCUCCACACAUUAAAGGGGAACAGGAGGAACUCUGGAUCAGUCAGGAGGGAGAGCAGCUUCAAGGGCUGGAGGAGGAUGAUAUCACCAAGUUCACAUCCACUCCUGUCCCUGUGAAGAGUGACGAUGAUGAAGAGAAACCUCAGUCCUCACAGCUUCAUCAAAGACACACUGAACAGAUGGAAACAGAAGCAGAGGGAGAGGACUGUGGAGGACCAGAACCAGUCAGGAAUUCAGAUUUGGAUACACAUUUACAACCUGAGACUGAUGACGAGACUGGAGAGUCCUCUGAACCUGAGACUGAUGACAGUGAUGAUUGGACGGAGACCAGUGAACCUCAGUCAGACGUCCAGCAGCUGUUGGUGGUUAAAGAAGAGGUUCCCCCUGAGCAGCAGGAGUGGAGCUCCAGUGUGGACCAGGAGGACCCAGAGCCUCCACACAUUAAAGAGGAACAGGAGGAACUCUGGAUCAGUCAGGAGGGAGAGCAGCUUCAAGGGCUGGAGGAGGAUGAUAUCACCAAGUUCACACCCACUCCUGUCCCUGUGAAGAGUGAAGAUGAUGAAGAGAAACCUCAGUCCUCACAGCUUCAUCAAAGACACACUGAACAGAUGAGAACAGAAGUGGAAGGAGGGCACUAUGGAGAACCAGAACCAUCCAGGAACUCAGAUUUGGAUAGACAUUUACAACCUGAGACUGAUGACAAGACUGGAGUGUCUUCUGAACCAGAGACUGAUGACAGUGAUGACUAUUGGAAGGAGACCAGAGAACCUCAGUCAGGUUUAAACUCUCUAAAAAAUGAUCAAGUCCCUGCCAGUGAUUUGACUGUUUGUGAGAAACGUUUUAGCUGCUCUGAGUGUGGGAAAAGAUUUGAUUACAGUGGAGAUUUGAAGAUACACAUGAGAUCUCAUACAGGAGAGAAACCAUUUAGCUGUUCUGUGUGUGGGAAAAGAUUUGGUCGUAGUGGAAUUCUGAAGCAACACAUGAUAGCUCAUACAGGAGAGAAACCAUUUAGCUGUUCUGAGUGUGGGAAAAGGUUUGGUCGUCGUGGAAUUCUGAAGCAACACAUGAUAGCUCAUACAGACGCCCAGCAGCUGUUGGCGGUUAAAGAAGAGGUUCCCCCUGAGCAGCAGGAGUGGAGCUCCAGUGUGGACCAGAAGGACCCAGAGCCUCCACACAUUAAAGAGGAACAGGAGGAACUCUGGAUCAGUCAGGAGGGAGAGCAGUUUCAAGGGCUGGAGGAGGAUGAUGUCACCAAGUUCACAUUCACUCCUGUCCCUGUGAAGAGUGAAGAUGAUGAAGAGAAACCUCAGUCCUCACAGCUUCAUCAAAGACACACUAAACAGAUGGAAACAGAAGCAGAGGGAGAGGACUGUGGAGGACCAGAACCAGCCAGGAACUCAGAUCCAGAUACACAGUUACAACCUGAGACUGAUGACAGUGAUGAUUGGACCGAGACCAGAGAACCUCAGUCAGACGUCCAGCAGCUGUUGGUGGUUAAAGAAGAGGUUCCCCCUGAGCAGCAGGAGUGGAGCUCCAGUGUGGACCAGGAGGACCCAGAGCCUCCACACAUUAAAGAUGAACAGGAGGAACUCUGGAUCAGUCAGGAGGGAGAGCAGCUUCAAGGGCUGGAGGAGGAUGAUGUCACCAAGUUUACAUCCACUCCUGUCUCUGUGAAGAGUGAAGAUGAUGAAGAGAAACCUCAGUCCUCACAGCUUCAUCAAAGACACACUGAACUGAUGGAAACAGAGGUGGAAGGAGAGGACUGUGGAGGAGCAGAACCAGCCAGGAACUCUGAUUUGGAUAGACAUUUACCAUCAGAGACUGAUGACAAGACUGGAGCGUCUUCUGAACCAGAGACUGAUGACAGUGAUGAUUGGAAGGAGACCAGAGAACCUCAGUCAGGUUUAAACUCUCUGAAAAAUGAUCAAGUCUCUGUCAAUGAUUUGAUUGUUGGUGAGAAACGAUUUUGCUGUUCUGAGUGUGGGAAAAGCUUUGGUCGUCAUGGAAUUCUGAAGCAACACAUGAUAUCUCAUACAGGAGAGAAACCAUUUAGCUGCUCUGAGUGUGGGAAAAGAUUUGGUUACAGCCGUGAUCUGAAGGGACACAUGAGAUCUCAUACGGGAGAGAAACCAUUUAACUGCUCUGAAUGUGGGAAAACAUUCGGUUACAGUGGAGAUCUGAACAAACACAUGAGAUCUCAUACAGCCCGCAAUUCCGGAGAGGGACCCAGCUGCAGACAAGAUGGCAGACAAGGGAUGGGAUGGAUAUCCACAGUCCAUACCGGAAGUCACAGCGGAAGUUGGUCUGUGUCUGCGCCGAAGAAGAUGACGACGACGGAGAAGACGAAGAGAAGAAUACGAACAAUACACGCACGACUUAGAGAAAGAACGAUGCAUCCCUCUAUUUUGAGUGACGAAGCCAGUCUGGGGCACAUCACCCUUUCACCAUCCGAGUUUAGGUGUCCUCUCUGCCCCAAAUUUAAAACCAAAAAUGAGAGUGCGAUCCAGAGGCACCUGAAAAAUCAUACGGAGAAUGCAGUUCAUUUCCAUGAAAAAAUAAUCUGUAGAUGCAACAUGCCUUGCCGUGAUAAAGGUCAUUUCCACUGUCCAUUCUGUGACACAACUGUAAUUCGUAAAGACUUCAUAUCACCACAUGUGACUGAGUGUUUUAAAAAAUGUGUUGUUGUGGUGCCACCUCUUCAUCAGUCCUCACCAUCAUCAUCUGAGGACUUUAUUGCGCAAUCACUGGAUCAUUCAUAUGCACUUCCCUCUUCAGUGUCCGCACCAGCUACAACCACAAAGCCUCCAGAAGAAGCAGUCACUCAGGAACUUCCAUCUUCCCACCUCUCCCACCCUCUAUCUCAGACAGCAUCACCCAAGACCCCGACACUUGUCACAGAUCAGUCAGCCCCAGCUACAACCACAGCGCCUCCACUUCAAUCUUCCCACAUGAAGUGCCCUCACUGCACCAUUGUAUUAUACAAAAAGAAUAGUGUUGACCAAAAUAAUGGCGUUGAUGCAGUCAGGAAAAUUGCUAAGGGUUUCAGUGUACCGGUGCAUGUGCUGCGGAAAACAUGGGGCCAGCAGCAUGUCACAAAAUGUGAGAUGGAGGACUGUCGGCAGUAUCACCUACUUGCGCAAAGGAGUGGCCUGUCUCAUAGCUUGUGUCACCAUAUUCGGACUGUGGAUUACUGUGGCACCACUGCCAAUGAGGAGCUACUGCAACACCAGGUUCUUUCCGAAAUGGUGGAAAACAAGUUUUGUGGGGACUCCAAGGUGGACUUGUGCAAAAAGAAUCAAAAAGAAGCUGCGGAAGCUCAUGUCCCCUUGUCAGUGUUGGUGGAACUUGGUGGUUCGCCAAGUAAAAUUUGUUGUGUCCACGGUUUUCAGUUGUUUUGAAUGAUCUGAUAGUAAUCUGCAUGUUGCAACUGUAGCCCAAUAAAUGAAAGUGCUCACCUUAUUUAAUCUUUUUUUUUUUUUUUAAUUAAAUCAACUAAAAUUCAUGUGUUUGCUGAUUUUCUGCAAUUUUUGUAGGUUUAACUUGUUUGGAUCUGUUAUUCCAACUAAAACAUGAUUGUCACAAAAAGAAGAAAAUUACCAGGUGCUCUCAGGUAAACUCCAGGUAGACGUGAGGUGCUCUUGAAGUUGAAUAUUAACUGUUCAAAAGAGGAGUAAGCCACUCGGGCUUUCUUCAGACACACUAUGCACUGAGCCAAGGAAGAAUAUUAAAAAGCCUUUAUUUAAUUGGGCAUGUCAGAGUUAAAAUACAUACGACCAAAUGCCAAAAAAAUGCUGACCGGUUUCGACCACCAGGUCUUCUUCAGGGCGUGGCAGAAAAAAAAAUUUCUACCACGCCCUGAAGAAGACCGCAGUUCAAGUGCGUAGUGUGCCUGAAGAAAGCCCGAGUGGCUUACUCCUCUUCUUUAAAACAUGAUUGUAUUUAAAAUAAUUGCAGAAAUAAUUGUAUUAUUAUUAUUUAUUUUCAUAAUAUAUAUAUUUAUAAUUGUUGACUGCUUCAA